AUGGUGAGGGAGGCGCACGAGCUUCUGGACGGCAGCAGACCCAUCCCCAUCGAUAAAAUCACGUACGAGCUGUCCCAGAACAUCAUCCUGGCAUUUGACAGCAACGAACUGGCCUCCAGCAAAGACACGCAGAUAGAAGUGGAGACAAGAAUAGGCCUCGUAAUCGACAAAAAUAAAAACAGGAUAAGAUUGCCAAGCAAUACAGAUGCCAUCGUAGAAAGCAAUUACUCAGAUUUCUCCUCAGGGACCGAUAAACAUUCCUUUGAGUAUCUGCUAAGUUAUUUACACUCGCUGGGGGGGAAGACAAGGAAGAGAUGGGGUGCCAGCUACGGACCAUUUAGUAGCAGGGUGGAUAACACAAAAAUGGGAAAGGAGGACAGAGGGGGAGAAUUAAAUGACUUUGCCGAUGGGAAGGUAGAAAAUGGGAAGGGAAAUCUCCCCCCUGGACAGGAAGAAGAGCAAACUCUUGAAAGGGAAAACUAUAUAUAUGAAUUUUUCUCAACAAAGAAGGUCAGAAGUGUAGAUAAAUAUUACAUCCUUCCGAGUGAUAACUCUCGAGUUCGCGUCACAACUUAUUUGAAUGACGAGUCGGGUGGAGAGAACGAAAGCCUGGCGAAGUCGCUAUGCAAAAGGAAUUUAAACACCUGGAAUAUCUACAUGGGGAAUAAUAAGGAGUACUUUGACGAGAUGGACGAAGAGGAGGAUGAAGAGGACGAGGAGGACACCAAAGGGAAGAACAAAAAGAAGACUGACUAUGGGGGGAGUGGAAGCGUAGGUAGAAGCGGAAGUGGAGGCGGACAUGCGCGAUCAGGUGACGACUCGGUAGACUAUCGAAUAGCAAUUAACCUUGAGCAGACCAAACGAAUAAGCAAAUUAUUUCUGUCCAAAAUUUCGCCUGUACACGAAAGGGUAAAGGAAAGGACAUCCUUCAUAAAUAAAUUUUUGGGCAUUCAACUGGACUUGACCAAAAUUAAGACCAAGGAUGAUGGCGAACUGUACGAAAUUGAAAUUGAAAUUCUCUCCAAAAGCAUUUUAAAAGCUAUGUCCAAUUUACGAAACAAAAAUGAUUCAAAUUAUUUGCUUUUUAUUUGUUCCAAUUUGAUAAAUAAUGCGCGCGGGAUAUGUAGGGAGCUAUGCCAUUUUAGGAAGAGGAAAACUUUGGGGAAAGAGCCCGGCUUGGAUGGUGGGGGUGACAACGGUGUGCAAAGCAGUUAUGUACACUCAUCGAGGGAAAAAAGGAAAUUUGAAAAAUAUGUGCACUCGGUGACCCCUAUCAUUGGAGAUUACAUGUACAGGGUUGUUGCCAAAAAUGAAGAAAAAAUUCACGCCCUGCUGCGCGAGGAGAGCGUGUCCAACAAGCGAAAAAUCGAGGCUUUGCAGAAAAUUAUCGACAUUCGACGCCACAAUAAGAAGUCAGUGAAGAAGAUCAGCGAGACCUAUGCAGAGAAUCGCUGGAGGGUUGUGCGCACCGAAGGGGCGCUGGGCGAGGUUGUCUUGGUCAGCGAGGAUAGCGACGGGAGCGACGAAACGGAGGAACCGGGCGAAAUGGGCCAACUUGGCGAUGUCGACGACUCGGAUGAGCGCGGCGCGGAGAAUGUGGAGCCCACAGGAUUCAACUUCGACAACAGCAGCGCGAGUGGCAGCGAAGGGGAGGGAGACAAAGGCGAAAAGGGCAACUCACAGCGCGAUAGCAAUAAGUAUAAGAAUUUCUACAGCGAUACGUGA